CGAACAUCCACCGAAUCACUCGGACGGAGAUCUAACUUCUUCAUUCUCCUUUGCUAAUUCCUAAACAGAAACACUUGAGAAUGGGGGCAUCCUCGAAAAUUGCUCUAUUCCCAGCGGGAAGGGGACUUGUCUUGCACACCUGCAUAUUCACCAACAAGUUGGGCUGCCUCCCCUUUGCUCGCCUGCACUCAAGCCAGUCAACAGCGGCCCGGCAAGCAGCGAUAAGGUCUCCUCAACUUGAUGGAUUCGCAGACAGUCAGACGCAGACCUUCAGGCAGAGAUACCCCCUUUCCAUUCUCACAACGAGAGACCUUCUCCGGUCAUUAUUGAUUUCCACAAUCUCUUCCAAUUCUCUCCUUUUGACACCGGCACUCCAUACGCUCUCCUUCUUGUGCAAACCUUUCGGCGGCCGAUUUUUAGACGUCGACAGAAACCCUAUCCUGCGCAAAAUCCUUAAGCCUACGUUUUACGAUCAGUUUUGUGCUGGCGAAAAUCCCAUCGAGACCAAGCAGUGCGCGCAGAGACUCAAGAGUCUUGGAUUUGAAGCUAUCAUCCUCACAUAUGGCAAAGAAUCUCUACAUGGCGAUGGUGCGACGGCUGCCAAGCUAGAAGGUGGACGAGAUGCCGAGAUUGAUCGCUGGAAAGUCGGCAUUAUGGAGACGAUCGACUCCGUGGGCUCUGGAGACUAUAUCGCGUUCAAGCUUACUGGCGCGGGGCGAGCGGUUACCGCGGCUCUAGCGGCGGACGAGACUCUUCCGAGUCAGAUGCUCGAGGUUCUGGAUGAACUGUGUAUGGAGUGCAAGAAGCGCAACAUCAGCAUGAUUGUCGACGCGGAAUCUCAGGAUUAUCAGGUGUCCAUCGACAACGUGACGCUCGAGCUCAUGCGCAAGUUCAACCAGGACGGGACUGCCGUGGUGUAUAACACGUACCAGGCGUAUCUGAAGAAGACACCUAGGAACGUCGUGGAGCACCUGACUGCGGCCCAUAAGGGCGGCUUUACAUUGGGUCUUAAGGUUGUCAGAGGGGCUUACAUUCUCUCAGAGGAGAGAUCAUUCAUCCACGAUACCAAGGAGGAUACCGACCAGUCCUACAACAGCAUCGCUCAAGGCGCUCUCAAGCGUCAGCUCGGCAAUGUCGGCCGGCCUGGGCCAGACUCGGUGGCGUUCCCGUCUGUUAAACUCCUGUUGUGCAGCCACAACAAGGAGAGUUUGACCGAGGCGCUCAACCUCCACCAGGAUCGCAUGAAGAAUGGUCUUCCAACUGUCCCUGUCGCCUUUGCCCAGUUGCACGGCAUGUCUGAUGCUGUUAGUUUCUCAUUGCUUCAGCACAAGAUCGAUGGAUUGCCUCGGCCAACGGUGAUAAAGUGCUCUACAUGGGGGACACUGGGGGAAUGCUUGGCUUACUUGCUUCGCCGAGCAGUUGAGAAUAAGAGCGCCGUCAUGAGAACAACGGAUGAGCAUCUUGCGCUGAAACAAGAGUGCUGGAGACGUCUUCGUACAGCAGUUGUGGGAUAA